AUGGGAAUCUUUUGUCUGCAGUCAAGCUUCGCUCUCACACAGCUCUCUCAGGCAUGCCUUCCUGGAUUUUAUGGCUUGAAUUGUGCUCACAUCUGUGACUGCAAAAAUGGAGCCAGUUGUGAUGCAGCAAGUGGACAGUGCAUUUGUCCAGCAGGUUUCCAUGGCAGCCAGUGUGAAAAAGAAUGCAGGUCAGGCCAGUAUGGACCUAACAGUGCCGUGAAGUGCCAAUGUGUCCACAGAGCUCCCUGCAGCCCUUGCAACGGGAGCUGCACUUGCCCCUCGAAGAGAAUGGGUCCAACUUGUGAGGAAAAUGGUUUGGACGAUCCUCAAUAACCAAACACUAACAGCUUUUCAGUGGGUGAAUAGAAUUCUGCCGAGGUUACCCGCGGUUCAUCAUCUUAACUUUGGCAGAGAAAUGUACUUACUCAACCAUCUUCAGCCCAGCCUCGCCUAUUGAGAGGUGAAAAACAGGACGUCUCAAGUUUAUGGCCUCCAAGCAUAAGUUCCA